AUGCAGCAUUUUGCAGUCGAUGCUGUUCUUUUGCUUUUAUUCUCAUGUCUUCUUUACUUACUUUCCAGCAGUGCAGCUCAAGUUGAGAGGAUUUAUGUCGACUGUAAUAGUACUGCCAGUAAUUACACUUCUGGGAGUGUCUUUGAAGAAAACCUGAAUCGUACAAUUGCAUCCCUUGUUUCCAGUUCUUCUCUAAGUUCUGGGUUCAAUAUCACUAGCGUCGGCCAAAACCUUGAUGUGGUUUAUGGCCUCGUAUACUGCAUAGCCGAGCAAUCUGACAGGGAUUGCCAAGCUUGUGCAAAUAUUGCAGCAAUGGAGAUCAGGAGCCGCUGUCCUAACCAGAAAGAAGCUUACAUGUUUUAUAAUAAUUGUUCGAUAAGGUAUUCAGACUGGCGUUUCUUCUCGACUGCAGAUAGUGCUGUAAUAGCCACGAUAUACAAUGUGAAUAUAGCAACAGACGGGGUCCUUUUCAAUCGUCAGUUGCGAAACCUGCUCAAAAAUAUUUCAUCUCAGGCUGCAUCCAGUCCUUCAAAAUAUUAUCUUGGGAUCACUUCCCACACAGAAAAUGUCAAUAUAUAUGCUAUGAUGCAGUGCACCAAGGACUUGACGGAAAACAGCUGCCUUACUUGCCUGCAAGGGCUUAUUAGUUAUCUUCCUACUGAUUUAAGUAAUGUAGGAGCUCGUUUUUUCUCUAUGAGCUGUAAUCUGCGUUACGAGACGUAUUCGUUCUUUCUCUCACCAUUACCACCUUCUCUGGUGCCUGAGAAGAAUGGUACUAGCACUACCCCAACUGCAAAGACAAGUGGUCAGGCUGGAAAGAACAACACAUCAGAAAUUGUUUUGUUUGUGGUCAUCCCAGCAGCUAUUGCAUUGGUUGUGAUAAUAUGUGGUUGCUGCUUGUGGAGAAUCACUAGAAGAAAAAGAGUAGGCAAUUCAGAGGAUGCCCAUGAAGAUAGAGAGAAGAGCGUGGAAUCACUUUUAAUGAAUCUGAGUACACUUCAAGUUGCAACAAAAAAUUUCUCUGAUUCAUAUAAACUUGGACAAGGUGGUUUUGGCCCUGUUUACAAGGGUAAACUCCUCGAUGGACGAGAAAUAGCUGUUAAAAGGCUGGCAAGGAGCUCAGGGCAAGGUCUGGAAGAGCUUAAAACAGAAGUAGUGUUGGUUGCAAAAUUGUUGCAUCGGAACCUGAUAAGGCUGUUAGGCUUCUGCUUAGAAGAUGGAGAGAAGCUACUUGUCUAUGAAUACCUACCCAACGGGAGCUUGGACAGAGUUUUGUUCGAUCAGACCAAACGGUUUCCUUUAGAAUGGGAAAGACGGUACAAAAUAAUUGUUGGAAUUGCUCGAGGACUACUUUAUCUGCAUGAAGAUUCUCAGCUUAGGAUUAUUCACAGGGAUUUGAAAGCUAGUAACAUCCUGUUAGAUGAGAACAUGAAUCCCAAAAUCUCUGAUUUUGGUUUGGCUAGACUAUUUGGUGGAAGCCAAACACAAGGCAAUACUAAUCGGAUUGCUGGUACCUAUGGAUACUUAGCACCGGAGUAUGCUAAGAAAGGGAACUUUUCAACUAAAUCCGAUGUCUAUAGCUUUGGUGUCUUGGUACUAGAAAUUGUGGCCGGUCGAAAAAACUCAAGCUUCAGCAAUGGGAUGAAUCUUCCAAGCUAUGCAUGGCAACAUUGGGCCAAAGGAACAGGUUUGGAUUUGAUUGAUCCAACCUUGGGUGAUCAGUGGACAAGACAUGAAGUUCUGAAAUGCAUUCACAUCGGUUUACUAUGCGUUCAAGAAGCUCCUGCAGAUAGACCUAUGAUGUCAGCGAUUGCAACGAUGCUCAGUGGGUACACUGCAAGCAGCUUCCCAGCACCCUCGCAACCUGCAUUUUUUGUCACUAAUAGUACUGUCGAAAAUCCAGAAUUAGGAUUGAUUAAAAAUGAUCCUGGAGCAUCAUCUCCAUUAAUAUAUGCUGAAGCUAAACCAGAAUCAUCAAAGAAAUCUCUGAAUGACGUUACUAUAUCUGAUAUAGGUCCUCGCUAG